GGUCGAGGAGGAGAACAUAAGACGUGGCAGCAGAGCCCCGAGCAGAUUUUCUGUGUGCGCGUGUGUGCGCGCGCGCUACCCGAGCCCGGUCGCCGCGCCUCCUCCGACCUGAACCUCCGCGCAUUUGCUGCGCAAUGUCCCGCUUGCUGCAUGCGGAAGAGUGGGCCGAAGUGAAGGAGUUGGGGGACCACCAUCGCCAUCCUCAGGCCCACCACCUCUCGCAGCCCGCGCCACAGCCGCCUGCCGCCCUGCAGGCGAGGGACUAUCCGGGGUACCCGGCCGAGCUGUCCCUCCUGGACGGCACAGACCCACGCGCCUGGCUGGCGCCCGCUCUGCAAGGCAUCUGCACGGCACGCGCCGCCCAGUACCUGUUGCACUCGCCCGAGCUGGGCGCCUCUGAGGCCGCGGCGCCCUUGGAGGAGGCUGAUGGCCGGGGGGAGCUGGGAAGGAGAAGCGGCGGGGGUGGCCUUAGCAAGAGCCCGGGGCCCGUGAAAGUCCGGGAACAGUUGUGCAAGCUGAAAGGUGGGGUGAUGGUGGACGAGUUGGGCUGCAGCCGCCAGCGAGCCCCUUCCAGCAAACAGGUGAAUGGGGUGCAAAAGCAGCGGAGGCUGGCGGCCAACGCCAGGGAGCGACGCAGGAUGCACGGUCUGAAUCACGCCUUCGACCAGCUGCGCAACGUUAUCCCGUCCUUCAACAACGACAAGAAGCUGUCCAAAUACGAGACGCUGCAGAUGGCCCAGAUCUACAUCAACGCCUUGUCCGAGCUGCUGCAAACGCCCAGCGGCGGGGAGCAGCCUCCGCCGGCGCCAGCCUCCUGCAAAGGUGACCACCACCACCUCCGCGCGACGGCCUCCUACGAAGGCGGCGCGGGUACUCCGACAGCCGCAGGAGCGCAGCCGGGCUCGGGAGCCAGCCCGCGCCCCGCCCCGUCCGGGAGCUGUCGGACUCGCUUCUCUACCCCGGCCUCCGCGGGGGGUUAUUCAGUGCAGCUGGAUGCUUUGCACUUCUCGACUUUCGAGGACAGCGCCCUGACUGCGAUGAUGGCACAAAAAAACUUAUCGCCUUCGCUGCCCGGGGGCAUCCUGCAGCCCGGGCCGGAAGACUCUAGCAAAACCUCACCCCGGUCUCACAGAAGCGACGGGGAGUUUUCCCCCCAUUCCCAUUACAGCGACUCAGACGAGGCCAGUUAGGAAGUAGACAGAACCCUAGAAACUGAGGCAGAAGCCAACUGCCCUUUUCCCAGUGCGCGGGAUCGCGCACUCUUUAAUUUUGGCUCUGCCAUGGUCGUUGUUUAGCAACGACUCAGCUUCUGAUGGCAGCUACACUUGACGGUUUGCAAAUGCCUCUGCUGUCCCAAACUUCUUGAGGUCUACAUUGUCUGAUGAAACCUUGCUGUUCAAGUUUUCCCUUUUCUCCCACUUUCUGCUUGCCCUAUGGGUAGAUGCGGUAUAAUUAUUGUACUCAGACGCAGCAUCCUGGUUGUAGUCCGUGCUGCCAAUACGCUGCUAAAAAGUCGCAUCUUCUGCUCUGUAGCUGAUUUGGGUUCAUUUUACCACCCUGGGCGUCCAUCCCAGGGAGCUGCGCGCGCUCGUCUGUGGGAGAGUUUGUAAAUUUGUGUCCCAAAAUGCUGUAUGAAUUGCAGAGUCACUGCUUCCAAAGUGAUGAUCAUUUUUGCUGCGGGACUGUUAGAAAACGGGGACCUUGCAGGGUCUGUGUAUUGUACAAACAUACCCGGUGUGUGUAUCGGAUCGCGAAAACGUUUGCGUCCUUCAGGAAACGGCGCACGCACUUUAUCGGCCACUGCUGCUGCGACUCCAGGACAAAUUCAACUGCCAAUUGCAGACCAGUUUUUUGUUUUUUGUUUUGUUUUAAACACAGCCACUUACGAUCUUUAAGCUCUUUGCAAAUGUUUAACAAUGAAAAUUUUGAAAACACAAAUAGUCGUGUCAAAAGCAUUUGGUUAAUUUUAUUUUGCUUUGUUAGACAACUUAUUUAUUAUUGUUUUCUACCAUUUCUACUUAUCUUGAUUCGUUUUUUACAUUUUCUAUUCAAGAUCAUUUUAUUUUAAUUUAGCAAAGCCAGCCGCCAUUGUUUUAUGUAUUUUAUUUUGCAAAUGAUAAAAAUAAACUUGAAAAAUAA